AAGCGCUAACUUCUGCUGGACACAGGCACUGUGCGGCAAAAUAUUUCAAAAAAAAUUCGAGAUGCGCUUUCGUCGAUAAAAGAGGAAUACGGGCGUUGAAGUGUAAAAGAAAUUCGUGAUGUAAAACAAUUGAAAUUGAAACGCGUCAGAUUUCGCCUACCGCGAAGCGUGGCUUGUCGAAAUUGAGCUGCAUAAAUCUAGACAAUCCGAAGAAACGGGAGGGAGAAAGCAAUUCUCUCGUUCCGUCGUGUCGUGCCGAGCGGAUUCGCCGCGAGGCGACGGCGUGUUCCGGACACCCGGUAGACGCGCGCGCGCUCGAGUGCAGACAGCUGCGCCCGCGUUCGAGCAGCGGUUGACCCGCGCAGUAGUUCUCAUCGUGGUACGGCGCGGCGGCCGUGUCGUGGUGGUCGCGACCGCUCUCACGCGCGCCGACGGACGUUCAGCGUGUCGUCGGAUACGGUUUUCGCGACUCGCUCGUAGGGGCAGCUCUCGCGUUGGGCCGAUGAGGUGAUGCGCGGUCCCGCGGCGGGCCCAGACUCCGGAUCGCCCAGGUGAGAGCCGCGUCGCGUGUCGUGGCGCGGGAACUCGGUCGCGGUUUUCUGGGGUAAAGGGAGUAGCGAACCUCUUGGGGGGGCCCAGGUCCAGCGGGGGAUCACGUGACCCGUGUGUUUACCAAAAUGGUGAACGUCCGUGGUGCGAUACGAACGGCACUGCGUUCCGUCCGCACGGGAGCGGCCGCGCGGCGCUCGGAUGCGUAAAUAGCCGCGAUCAGCUGUGCUACGUGCGCGGAACGGUGAGACAGAAAGACAGCGCGGGGCAAGAGAACGAGAGGGAUAGGGGUGCGCUCGCAGUCUCGGCGUCCCAAUCGUACGGCGUCGUCGCCGUCGUCCCGACACGGCGUCGCGUCCCCCGGACGAGUCGAUCCGCGGCGCCUCGGUCAUCGCCGCCGUCCCCGUCGGCCCCGCGUUCCACGCUCGUUCCCUCUCGCUCGCGGGCGAAAGUUCGAAAGUGGACGCGCGCGAUCGCGGGAGAUGCCAGGAGCCGACGCGGAGGCGGUCACGGUACGACGAUCGCCUCCUAGUCGCGCGACGGUGGCAUCGCGCUAGACCGGAGUCUCCCGCGAUGCCGCGCGCUCGUCCCGCUGCGCCGAGCUCGUCCUCGAUCCGCGCGUCGUCCGCACCGUGAACUCGCCCCCGCCCCCCCCCACCCGCGCUCCGGCGAUCCUGUCAUCCUCCUUGUGUCGCGCCGCUGACGAGAGGGUGACCCGAGGCUUCCACAGGCCUAAUUCCAUUCGCCAAUGAUGCUGAGCUCGAGGGACACCAGAUGAUCUCUGACAUAGGGUAGUGCGAGCGAAGAGCACUUUGACAACAGACAUCUAAAUGUCAGGAGGUGUCCUCGCAUAGCGCUGAGUGCUGCGGCCAGGCAUUCUUAAACAUGGCCACGUAUCAAGUCGACUACCAGUGGGCUUAUUCCAUAAUGGAUUCAUCCAGGAUAUCCACUUUCCUAAUAUCAAUUCUGCUGAUAGUUUACGGUAGUUUCCGAUCUCUAAACAUGGAGCAGGAGGCGAGGGAAAGAGAAAAGGAGAAGGAACGUAGUAAUUUAUUGACUGGGAUUACGAGUAACAGCAGCGCCGGCAACCCGGACGGCGCCAACGGAGGAAGAGUCCAAACUCUCGACACGAUGCAUGCUCUCUGUCUACCUCUCGGUGCUUCCAUUUCUCUACUCGUCAUGUUUUUCUUUUUCGACAGUAUGCAGAUGCUCCUUGCAAUUUGUACAGCCAUUAUAGCUACGGUUGCAUUGGCGUUUCUUUUAUUGCCCAUGUGUCAGUACAUCAUUAGACCGUGUUCCGAUGGUAACAAAAUAUCCUUCGGUGUCUGCGGGAGAUUCACGGGCGCGGAACUACUCUCGUUCUCGCUCAGCGUGAGUAUAGUAUGCAUCUGGGUCUUGACCGGACACUGGCUGCUGAUGGAUGCGAUGGGUAUGGGCUUGUGCGUGGCAUUUAUCGCAUUUGUUCGACUACCUAGUCUCAAGGUAUCCACACUGUUGUUAACCGGACUGCUGAUUUACGAUGUCUUCUGGGUUUUCUUUUCGUCCUACAUAUUCAGCACAAACGUAAUGGUUAAGGUAGCAACUAGGCCUGCGGAUAAUCCAGUAAGUCUCGUGGCUAGAAGAUUACACUUAGGCGGCGUGGCGAGAGCCGCGCCGAAACUACCAUUACCUGGAAAACUAGUUUUCCCGUCGAUGCAUCAAGCGGGACACUUUUCAAUGUUGGGUCUCGGCGACGUAGUCAUGCCGGGUCUUCUGCUCUGUUUUGUCCUGCGCUACGACGCAUACAAAAAGACUCAGCUAUUGCCCGGCGGUUGCGAAACUGGAGUGCCACCGCCGCGCCACUUCAGCCGAAUUAGCUACUUUCAUUGCUCCUUGAUCGGUUAUUUUCUUGGUCUACUUACCGCCACUGUAAGCUCUGAGGUGUUCAAAGCUGCGCAGCCUGCCUUAUUGUACCUUGUGCCCUUCACUUUGUUGCCGUUGCUCACGAUGGCGUAUUUGAAGGGAGAUUUGCGUCGGAUGUGGAGUGAACCAUUCAUAUCUCAACAACCUUCUAAGCAUAUAGACGUUUGACAAGAGUCAUGGGUCCCUAUACAUUGUGUUGCAUUGGAGGCAAAACUCUUGCACGAGAUUCACCGUCAUUUAACCUCACACUUUUAUUUUCAUCAAUGUCAUUUAAUGUAAGUAAUUUUUUCUACGCAUACUCACAUGUGCGCAAUUCAUUCGCAUUCUUUUUUCAAAGUCAAUACGACGUACGGAGAAAUUAAUCGGAUCUAAGCAUCGAUUAUGAUUUUGUUUUGCGACGCAAAAAUUCAUGUAAAUGAUACAUUGUACCGCGUAAAUAAUUUAAAUGUAAUAUAAUGUCACGAAUGUAAUGUUAGCGGUGCAAAGAACUUUUUACCGAAACGAAUAGAGAACGGAAAAGUCUCUGAGAAUAUUUCUGGAAUGCCAAAUGACACGUAUAUUAUUGGCAUUCUUUCUGUGUCUUAACUUGAUGUUGAGUAUAUGGAUAGACAUUGUGCACAGUAGAUAACGCAACCGAUAAUUAUCGUCAUUUCGAGCUAAUAAGUAAUAACUAAAGACUAUGUAUCAUGCGGUUAAUUUAACGAAUGAAGGAAGAUUGUUUUCUUCUACUAGAGUCAUCGUAAGAGAAAAAUAUUCUCGAAAUACUUUUGAUCGAACAAAAAAUAUAGAGAACUAAAUACUACUCCCGUACAAUUGAGUUACAAGUGACUGAAAAGAGGAAUAUCGCAGAGUACCAUUUUUUUUUGGUUUAACUAUCACUACUCAAUCAGAAUCGAAUUACUUGCGAAUGUGUAGCUAUGAAUAGGAUAAUUUAUAAACUGUUUGAAUAUUUAGAUAAGAAUCCAAUACACAUGUACGUGUAGGUUGUGACUUUGUUUUAAAGUUGGUUUAACGCUGAGCAACGUAGUAAUACUAAAAGCAAUUGUAUAUAUUUAUUAUCGUUUUCAUCAACUUUUAAGGGGGCACAAAGUUUUGCGAUAAUCAACGGCACGCUUUUCGAUACCAUGUUUCGUUUUGCUACUCGUUUGUUAACAAGUAUCAUAUCUAUUUCGGAAGUACAGUUCAUUGUCAUUCUCAAUGUGUAAGUAGAAGACGAAGUACGAAAUUGCGUUGUUGAAGAUAACUACAGGAACGUUUGAACAAAUAAGGCUUUCUAAACGAGCUCUUGCUAUGGAUAGGCCAUCAGAAAGACUUUAUAUGUUUAUUUAAGGACAAGACUGAAGAUAAUAUGUAUGAAAGCCAAUUUAUUAAGUAACUCUUCUGAAAGAUAAACGAGUUUUUCCAUUCUCUUAGAUCAAUCUAUAAUAUCGUAGAGGUUAAUGAAAAAUAACAUAAAAAAAAUAUAUAUAUAUUCUAAUAUAAUAACAUUACUGUGUAUCUAAGAGAGGUGGAAUUAUAACUGCUUUCAUAUUGUUUCUUAUAAUAGGUUACGUAAAACUCAUAAUCAUGGUUCAAUUAGAUAUUUAACGAUUGCCUGAAUCAUUUUUUAUGUCGUCAUACUCAGCGAAUUUCUAAACUAUACAUACGUUGGAACAAUCUUUCAUAAUUUACGGCUCUUCGCGUAAAUAUUAUCAUCACACAAGUUUUGUAAGACUACUUUUUCAGUCCAGUUAGAGAAAAAUAUACAAUAGAGAAGCUAAAGUAUUCGGCAUGUUGAAUUUAAUCUGUAUUAAUAGAGAAACAUUAUAUUAACAUAGGAAAAGAAAAUCCAAGUUUAUUCUUACGCAGAGAAGGCAUUUUUAACAUCAUCUCGUUAGCUUUGUAAUGUUUUUAAUAUUAUUUCAUUCUUCAUUUGCCUACCUGUCCAUAGCACAAGCAAUUUAGUCUCCAUCGUAUAUUUCAGUAUCAGCUAAACCAUUUUUUUUACAACAACUACUUUUAUAAAAUAAGUAAUAAGAUAUAUUUUACUUCCUACUUCCUCCUAUUACUUUAUCAGAAAAUUACGAAGAUACGUUUGUAAAAUGGUUUUAACCAAUUUUCAACCAAUUCAACAUAUACAUUUUUUUAAAGAGUAAUUUUCAACCGUGACUAAUGCUCAAAUCAUCAAUUUAUCUCUCAACACCCACGAUUUUUCUUUCUUCUUUUUUUUUAUCAAUUACGUACACUGCAACAUGACAUUUAUGUUUCUGUAAUGUACAUUUUGAAUUUUUUUUCUCUUCCAAUGUACAUACGAAUAAUCUCGAGAGGCAGAGUUCACAGUAAGAUCUGCGUAAUGCCUCCGUAAAAAGAUUUUGCUUAUCAAGCAAACAAUUGAAUGCAAUGAAUUUUGAAUACGACGUAGCGUGUAUCUUUAAGGAAACGUUCAAGUUUUCGGACAUAGAUUAGUGCAAUAUAAUUUAUAAUUUAUAUCGCAAGAGAUAUCACAUAAUACUUUCGUCGUACUGAAGUAAUUGUGUAUUUCCCCGUUUUGCUUACAACGACUCCUUCGAGCGACGAGUGUUUUUGUACAAACGAAAUUAAAGCAUAAUUAUAGAAACUGUUUAUAAUAAGAUUACAACUUAGUUUAUGGUAAAAAUGAGAGGUACAUUAAUUAUAUAAUACUUUCGUUUUCUUCUUCUAAUACAAACGAGAAACCGUGGUUUUUCGCUGGACAUCCUAAACUCUGACGACUUAUUUAUUGACUAGAAAAGUUAUGUAAAUUUCAGAAAGUGUAUAUAAAAUAAGUACGCAAUUGUCCUUCAGUUUUUCCCACAAACUAAGUGACGCGGUAAAAAAAAGAACAGAUACUAUAUAUAUAUAUACAUAUAUAUAUAUAUUAGUGAUAUGACGUAUGAUAGUGACAGAAUGAUCAAGGAACAGGUUUAAAUAAAAAUCAAGAGUUAAACCGUAUACACACAAAUAUUAUUAAAUGCUGGAUAUUAUAUAGGUAAUAUACUAAAGAGCACUCGCUUGUACCGUUGCAAUUCUCGACUUGCAUGUGUACAGCUAUGUACAUUUUUAUAUAUAAUAAAACCUGACCAUUUUCACAUGGUCGCGUUUGAAAAGUAAAGUUAUUGAUAACAAA